AUGAAGGAUGAUAGUGAUUACCAAUUUUUAAUAAGCCUGCUACCCUAUUUGAAGAAGGUCCCAGAUCACCGCAAGAUGGUAAUCAGAAACAAGUUACAGCAAGUGUUUAUUGAUGAGGAUGAGUUUCAUCCCAAAGCUGCCCGCACCCCAUCUACAUUCACAAUCACUUCAUCACCAUCAGCAUCUUUAAUAACAUCCGAUGAAUCAUCUCACCAACAGAAAAUAGGGAAUUAUCCAAAUUAUACCCAAGAACAGUUUUCCUUUGCAAUUUUUCCCGCUCAGAAUCAGAAUAGCUACAACGAAAUAACCGAGGACAUAAUUCCAACAACUGAAACAGAUAGUUCUUUCGUUAGGUAA